AUGCCUUCCGCUCUGGCCGCAAAAGCUAAACAGCUGCCUCCGGGCGUCUAUGUCCCCGUCAUCUCGCUAUUCAAAGACACCCCGCGACAAGAGCUUGAUCUCGAUGCAGCAUACAAACAUUUCUCGCACAUGAUUCGUGGCGGAGUCCAUGGAAUUGUUUUGGCAGGCACAAAUGCUGAGGCAGUCUUAUUAUCACCCAACGACCGUAUCGAAUUGAUUCGCGUUGCAAAGAAGGCGGCUACUGAUCUCGGAGUACCCAACUAUCCUCUCGUUGCUGGUAUCACCGGACAUUCUACCAAUGAAUCAAUUCAGUUGGCCGAGGAUGCUGCAAAGGCUGGAGCGGGAUGGGCGCUGCUACUUCCACCAAACUACUGGGCGAAGGCUGUGACGAAGGAUGUUAUCCUUAGUUUCUACCGCGAGGUGGCUGAUAACAGCCCGAUACCUGUUGUCAUCUACAGCUUCCCUGCAGUCACAAAUGGUGUCGAUAUGAGCUCAGACGUGAUGUCCGAACUCGCGCAACACCCCAACAUUGUCGGCACUAAGCUCACCUGCGGUAACGCGGGAAAGGUCACCCGGCUCAGUUAUCAAUAUACUCCUGAACAAUUCAGUGUUUAUGCCGGGUCAUCCGACUGGCUUCUUCCUUGUCUUAUUGGCGGAGGAGUGGGCUGUGUCACUGGCAUGGGCAACGUCUUUCCCAAAUCUACAUCUCACUUAUAUAACUUGUGGGCAGCUGGUAAGACAGAAGAGGCUCGAAAAUUGCAAGGAGUCGUCGCAGAGGCGGAGAAAGUGUGCAAAGAAGGCAUCGCGCUCACCAAAUUUGCUUCAUACUAUUUUAAUGGUCGUGAUAUGGGUAUUAGCGAGAAGGUCUACUACCCCCGCAAACCAUAUCAGCCUGCAAAGAAGGAUCGAGAAGAAUGGGCUAUCAAGUCGAUGGCCGAACUUGCAGCUUAUGAGAAGACACUGCCUGAUGUAUUAGGCGCAUGA